CGGCAUUUAAAAACUCAUGACGUCAUAGCAAAAUGGCGAAAGUAAUUUCGCUUCCUGUUUGAAAAAUAAAUGUUUUGCAAAACUGAAUAAACAACUAAAGGAGAAUGCCAAUGGCGGAAACCUGGCAGCCGGGUCAGGAGGUGGUUGCAGUUUACGAUUUUAGAGGAACAACUCGCGAAGAUUUGCCGUUUUGUAAAGGAGACGUUCUUCAAGUUGUGAAAACUACAAGGGAUGUGAACUGGUACAAAGCAAAAAAUAACAAUGGAGAGGAAGGCAUGAUUCCCGCAACUUAUGUUCAAAAACGAAAAGAAGUCUCGCUUCAUGCUAUGCCAUGGUUCCAUGGCAAAAUAGACAGACCAAAUGCAGAAAAGCUCCUUUUUGACAUCAAGACGAACGGUUUGUUUUUGGUGCGAGAAAGUGUUCAUUAUCCGGGCGAUUAUACAUUGAGCGUAUAUCAUAAAAACAAAGUGGAGCAUUAUCGCAUCAUCUACAGCAAAAAUAAACUAACGAUAGACGAGGAAGGAUUUUUUGAUAAUUUGACAAGGCUGGUAGAGCAUUACACAAAAGAUGCUGAUGGUCUAUGUACAAAGUUAAUAACGCCACUGCCAAAACAAGGCGGCAAUUUUUUCUCAGUCUCUCCAGAAGAAUUUGCUUUAGGUGGCUGGACUAUUAAGCUAGAUGAUUUAGUAAUUGGAGAACUUAUAGGAAAAGGAGAAUUUGGAGAUGUACAUAAAGGUCUAUAUAAAGGUAAAGCAGUAGCAAUCAAGAAACUCAAGGACGAUAACAGGGCAGCUCAGUCUUUCUUACGGGAGGCAUCAUUGAUGACGUCAGUACGUCAUCCAAACCUCGUAUCACUUAUAGGAAUAGUUCAGGAGGGGACAAUAUACUUAGUUCUAGAUUUUAUGGGCAAAGGUAAUCUUGUGGAAUAUCUUAGAUCAAGAGGACGUAGUGUCAUCACAAAGAAAGAUCAAAUCAAUUUUGCUACUGACACAUGUAGCGCAAUGGCAUAUCUGGAAGAUAGACAGUUGGUUCAUAGAGAUUUAGCAGCUAGAAAUGUCCUGGUCAAUGAUGAAGGUACAGCAAAGGUGUCUGAUUUUGGAUUAGCCAAUAGAGUAGAUUACAACCCAGCCCAGGUUGGUGGCAAAUUUCCAAUUAAAUGGACGGCACCAGAAGCACUCAGGGACAAUAAAUUUACCAGCAAGUCUGACAUGUGGAGUUUUGGUAUCCUUUUGUGGGAAAUUUACUCAUUUGGCCGAGUCCCUUAUCCGAGAAUUCCACUAGCAGAUGUAGUAAUGCACGUAGAGCGGGGAUACAGAAUGGAGGCCCCGGAAGGAUGCCCACCUGAAAUAUACACUAUUAUGACAGAGGCAUGGAAAGGAGACCCGGAAAAAAGACCAACAUUCAAAAUAGUGUUACAAAAACUUCAUGAUUUACAGGCCGUUACUGUAUGAUGUAAAAAUAUAGUAUCUUUUGGGAUUAUUUCUACAUAGAUAUAUACUGUAUUCUAAUAUAAACUGGUCUGCAUCAAAAACACCAAGAACAUAUCUGUCCUAGACACCAGUAUAUUGUAAAUAAAGAAAUAGUAUAACUAGACCUUUCUACAGAAAACAGUAUUUCUUGAAGCGGAAAUUUGUUAGAAAAUUCACUUAUGAAGUCAUUUUCUUAUAUGCAAAUCAGGAAAUUAGUCAAGUUUUUCUAGGGCUGAAAUGAUGAAUGCAUCUUGAAUGAAACCGCUGAGUUAAAGGUCUUUUAAGGUAUGUUGAAGGUAUUGUAGUAAACGAGUCACUUGCAUUAACAUUUUCUUUCUAAUGCUGCAGAUCCUUUAUAUGAACAGAGACCAAAUUAUCAGUCAGAAAUGUUACAAAAAUUGAAAAUGAAAACAGCUUGAAAUUGUAAUAUAGCCUUGAAAAAUUAAGGUGCUUAAAUACUCCCUUUUCAGCAGAAGGAAGGCCAGGAUGCUGUAGUGUAGGACUGUGGGAAGGUUUGUGCUUGUGGUCACUGUUCUAAGGAAAUAAAUGAAUGCCAGGUUUUUAAAUGCAGUAUUUUUCUUCUGCUUCCAUUUUAAUAUAAUGUAAUGUUAAGUUUGGGAGUGAAAAAUUUGAAACCAGUCAUGUUUGAUGAAUUAGUUACUUAUAGGGCUAUCACAGUUAUUCACUAAGGAUAUGUAUUGCGUAUGUGGAUAAAAACAAUGAAUUACCGGUAUUGCUGCAGUUGUCUGUACCAGACUUUGGUAGCUUUUCAGUUGUUGACUUUAUUGCCUAAAUGGCUGAAUGUAAUUAAUCAGUUAAUCAAUUGCUUGUUACUUCAACUGUUAUAUAUCUGUAGGAUAUUUUCUAAAUGUAUCUGAAACAUAGAAAAGAUAAAGAAAUCAGUAGGGGAUCACAUAAAUGCAGCCUUGGUGCUCAAGUCAUUGAUGUUUGAGUGAGCAAUAUUUCACAUACAUGUAUUAGAUUAAGUGAAAAUUGUUGAAAAGAUAUUCUGAAUGCUGUAGUAUUAUGUUAAGUCAAAAAUUGUCUUUUAAAAAUGCCUCAGAGGUGCCUUUUGGUAAAAUGUAAUAUAUUUACGGAAGGCUGUACACAUACCAAGUGUUGUACUUUCAAGGCAAUGCAUGUGUUUUGAAAACACUUGUGUUUAAUUUCUAUUUAUAGAUUAUAGAGUAUAGUUCAGCGGUGUUCAUUGUGUAAAUUGUGUGUUAUAGUUAUCAUAAAACAAGAUGGUCACAACAGGAUUGUCCCAUUCUCGUUUAGUUUGUGGCCAGUUGUAAUUUCAAAUUAAUUUUGAUUUUUUUUCUACAAUACUUAUCUUAAGUAAAAAGUUAUGCCAUAUGUUUUUGAACAGUGUUGACAUGAAAAGGAGUUUGUCAUUGUUUUUUUUAUAUAGAACCUUAAUCACUUGUUCAUUUUAUUUCUACUCAACUUCCAUUUUUCAAAUUUUUUAUACAGUUUGUAUUCUUAUGACACGCAUUAAUUUUUUGAUAUAUCACGUAAUAUGUUGGAAACAGAUUUAGUAUGUAUUUAUUGUUUAGAGAACAGAAUUUUUGUUAGAUUAGUACUUAACCAUUGAGAUUUAAAUUUAUUUAUGGAGCGCCAAACAAAAAUCUGUCAUAAAUUGUUGUGAUUUAGUGGUUAAUCAAAGACAAUUAAUCCUGAAUAUUUCAUGUAUGAUGUGAUCAUUUUGGAACGUUUUUAUCGUUGAAUUAUGUUGUCCUAACAAUUCCCCAAAAAUUUAAUUAACUGAAGUGUUACAUAUUCAUUCAAUUAACAGAAUUGCCUCUUACAUAUGUAAAUACAAAUGUAUGCAUGUCAACCUGUUUUACAAAUUAACCGACAAAUUUUUAUUGAUUCCUAGCACUUCUAACUCCUCAUACUUAUGACUGACAAUAUUACAAUUAAUGACAGAUUUCUGUUUAACCCACUGUUUGUACUAUAGUACUGAGAAACAUUUUGAUUUUAAAAAAAUAAGCUAGCAAGUUUUAUUCUUGUUGAAAUGCUCAAUGUUUGAGACCUGUUACUUCGUGAGAAUAUGGGCAUUGCAAGAAUAUUACAUAUUAGGCUGCACAAUAAAUAGUAUUGUUUUCUCAUCAGCUGUGGCAGUGCUAAAUAUAUUUCAUGUAUAUAUCAGGGUCCAAGGUUAAAGUGCAAGGGUAGAAAGUGAGAACACGUCCGAACACCAGAAAAGUUUAAGACUGUAAUUUAAUAUAACUACCGGUUUCGGUAUUUAGAAUACCUUCAUCAGGGUCCAAAGGUAGUACAAGUUGGGAGCAAAGUCUCAAAAAUCCAGCAGUUAAUUUGUAAUAAUUUAUUUUAGCUCGAUUGUGAUGAAAGCUGCAAGGUUAUUUGAGCCACUCUGAAAUCCACUUUCUGGAAAAAACAGUACAGGUGUCAUGAGAAAUUGUGGUCUUGACCUCAGUGGGGCUCAAACCCAAGACUGCAGGGUUGAACGGCCAAAACCUUACACACUAGACCACUGCUAAAUCCAGCUAUUGAUUGGUUGUUUGAUGGCACAGUUUUGAAAUUGACCAGUCUGAAUACUGCAUUGCAAGACUGGCCUACAGUUUUAUAGCCUUGGGUCCCUGGUGUACACUAAAUAUAAGAACAUUUCACUGGUUGCAGGUGCAGAUGGGUGUAUCCAGUAUGUCUGUAACUGUUUGUGAUUUCAAGGCUCUGUCGAGGUACAAAUGUACCACCGAAGCAGGUAACUGGACAGUCAGGUAGUCCCAUCUGCAUCUACAAUCAGUGAUAAAUUCCUUUUCUUGCAUACAGCUCAAUUGAUAGAAGAAAUACUUUCUGCUGUCAACAGUUUUUCGCCCUUAUAUAGCAACUUGAUACCAGUGAGUUUGUAUGUAUAGAUAUGUUAAGGUGUUUUAAAAACGAUACUAACAACUUGAUAGCUAGCAUUAUUUAACAUAUGCCUUGUUUUACUGUUAAGUUUGGCAGUUGUUACUUUAUUUUCUAUGAAACGCCUUUAUUACUGUAUAAUUGAUAAGCAUAUGAAGAAAUGUAAAUUCCAGCAUUACAUAGAUGUUGUUUGAAGUGGAAGGUCAACUAAUGAAAUAGUUUUUGGACUAAGGCUUUCUGUAGAAUAAAUGAAGCUGUAUACUUGUAUUAGAGAGACAUACAGAUUUUAUCAUUACACCUAUAGACCCAUAGACUCAGUGUGUGGGACUGUAAGUAGUCAUGCCAGCUGUUCACUGGUCUGUCUAGCAUUCCUUACCACAGACAUACCUCCAGAACCAUUUUGUGGAUUUUCAAAUAACUAUACAUGUACAUAAAUUUUCACCAUCAUACCUAGAUAUUCACCCAUGACCAAAGGUCAGUAGGUCCAAGGUCAAGGUCAAUAGCUUUAUUUCAUGUUUACUCCAUACAUUCUAAAUGGCACAGAAGAUUGUCAUAAUCUUUUACUUUCAUUGAGAGGCUGAGCCUAGCGCUUAACUUCCCUGUAUUAAAGCAGUGUCUGUGGGUAUUUAACACCAUCAGUGAUAGCUCUAGUUUAAGUUUUGUCAGUUCUGAUUAUUGAUGGUUAGAUUUUGAAUCAGUUUUUGCUGGAAGAAUCAACCAAAACUGUAUAUUAACUAAUGGGUAAAUGUUUGGUGCUUCUGUGUCUGUCAUGUCUUUGACGACUGUAAAUAUGUAGGCACUAUCCUGUUUUAUUAUCAGUUCUAUCCUAUUUAUAUUUCUGUACUUCUCUGUUUAUAUGACAGUACAAUCCUGUUAUUAUGAUGACAGUCUUGUUAAUAAAUCAGUUCUAUCAUGUUGGUAGGUCAGCAUUGUCUUGUAUUUAUAUACAAGGAAUAUCCCAUUUGCAAGUACUAUCCAGUUGGAAUAUCAGUGUUAUCCUUUUGGUAUGGCAGUUCUGUCCUGUAAAAAUGACAGGACUAGUCUGUUAAUACAACAAAGUUCCGUGUUAAUUGGACAGGACCGUUGUUUUAGGACAAACAGUUCUUGCUUCUUGAAAAUGCAGUACUGUCUUGUUAGUAUGUCACUUUUCUCCUGUUAAUAUGUCUGCACUAUACUGUUUGAUAUGUCAGUACUACCUUAAAUCAUUUGUAAACUGUGUUGUUUACAGCUUGGUCAAUAAGACAUGAUAGGUGUUGGGAGUUUCCUCCUUGUGUUAUGUUUUAUAGACCAAGGUAUUUUAAGACAACUGUUUUAAAAUCUAGAAGGAAACAAAAGCAAUCUCCUUCAUAUAAUUAUUGACAUCCAUGUUUUUGUUACUUUCAGUUUCAAAGAUAGCUGCAUUUGUAUAUCACUAACUAAAUGUAAUGUACCAGUAUUACGUAAUCAUAGGACUAAAACUGUGGCAUUAUCUCUUGUACCUGUAUAGUAAACAUAAGUUUGUGGUAAUUGUGUUAUGUAAAGAUUAAACAUGUACUACAAGCUAUCUAAGUGGGGAUACAUAAGGCCCACAAGGUUUUGAACAGUCUUUAAAUGGAAAGUAUUUGAAAGUGUAACUGUCACUUGACAAAAAAUCAGGCCUUUAUUUCAAGGGUCUUAGAACAAAUUGAUGCAUUUAUUUAUGUUAUAUAAUUAAUUUUUUGCCCCAAAUAUUUUUGGAGGCACUUAAAGUUGCCCUUGUCCUUUCAUCUGUCUGUCCAUCCUUCUGACACCUAUCUCAAAAAGUAUUGGACAUAGAGUCAUCAAAUUUCACAGAAUUGUUAUUCAGCUUGUGAAGUUUUGCACCUGGUGGUUGAUUUGGAUUUCACACAGCCAGACAAGAGUUAAGGCCCUUGAAUUAGUAAAUAAUAUGCAUGUUUGUGUUGCAUGUAUCUCAAUAAGUAUUUGACCCAGGAUUAUGAAACAUUACAGGAAUAUUAUUCAGCAUGUGAAGUUGUGGAGUUUUGUUAGAGAUAUCACUCGGUCACACCAGAAUUACUGGCCUUGACUUAGUCAAAAAUAGACAUACAGUGACAGGGAUUGGGGGCACCAGUGUCAUAUGGACACACGUCUAGUUUGAAUUAUCUGUUACAUGAAUACCAUUGUAUAUAGAAACCUCGACAUAUCAUAUAAUGUCGGCGCUGUUAAAUACUGUUUUAUUAAGAGAUUUUUUUUUCGCUUUGUAUCUAUAACAGAUCUAUCUGUUUUGUGUUUUGUUUUUUUCUAUGUAUGAAAUUAUUACAAAUAAGUUUUGUUGAAAUAGAAUGUGAUGCCUACAUGUAGAAGCAGCAUUUCAUCACUUUUAGAAUGUUCUUGGAUGCAGCACUACCUUUUGGUGUCUUCAAAAAAUCUAAAAAUCUUUCUUGUAGAAAAGAUUCUGUAAUUUUCUUUUAGAACACCAUAGGAAAUUUGAUUACCGGUAUGUGAUUUAGAUGCCAACUUUUACUUUAUAUUUUUUCUCAUAUACAGUAAUUGUCAUACUGCCAAACACAUUAUUUUUUAGCCUUAAGUGUGUCAUUUAAAUUGACAUAAUUAUCAAAAAUUUGAAUACUUUGAACCCAUUUUAAUUUCAUUGGCAUGAAAUAUCAUGGUUUGGACUAAAAGGGCAAUUUCAUGGGGAUCUGAAUUUGAAUGUAAAAUGUAUGGAAAUGUUAUAUAUUUGUCGGGAUUGAAUUUCUUGGAUUGACAAAACUAAAAAAGUAGUUCCUCAUGAAUAUAUUGAUGAUUUGACAGUAUUUAAUGAAAUAAAAACAAAAAAAACAGGUCACGUAUGAUGCUGUGUUGCACUUCGGCAGUGAUAGUGCUAUUUCAGCGUUUUUGGCCUAAAAUGUUUGAUAAAUGCAUGAGAUUUAACAUAGUAAGUUACAAGUUGUUGUUAUGCAAAUUGUCCGAUUCCUGCACUGAAUACUUUUUAGUAAAAACAGAGUAUGAUGUAUGUUUUGAAUGCAUUGAUUCUGAUUUUUUUAAAGGCACAGUACUGAAAAGUAUUUGCUGAAACUAUGUAGAUUAGAUCAUUUUAAUUUUGGGAAAUUAUAAUUUCAACAUGUUAAUAUUCAUUUAGAUAACAGUUCAUGAAAGUGUCUAGCCAGAUACCAGAUAUUGUGGAAAUAGUAGAGACUGCAGUUUCAUACUUGUAACAGUUUUCACCUUUAAACAAUAGUGAAAAAGGUUCAACAUGUUCCAGGCUUUCUAAGUUAUUUGUAAAAGCAGACUUGUAUAGCUUAUCAGUACUAAAACUACAGCUGAACUGCCUUAGCAGCCACCUGUCUUAGCAUCCACCUGUAAUAAACGACCACUUGUAUUAAACAACCAGUCACUUGGCUAGCUGCUUGAUACAAGUUUGACUGUCUAUAAGGGUGACAUGUUUAGCAUGACAUUUAUUUGCUUUGUACACACCUAUUAUGCAGGCUUCGGGCUUGGAAACUGGAAACUUGACAGUGUUUGCAUACCUGUCUCAAAAUGUGAUCAUCUGAUUGGUUGAUUUUUUUACGCCACUGGUAUCUAAACUUAGUAUUAUUACCUUGUUUCCAGGGUACAAAGUGAAAUGACAGUUUGAAGACCAGUCUCAAAUCUCCCUGAUCUAAUUGGUUGAUUGUGAACCCAGUCUUGAAAUUGACCAAUGACAACGUUGCAUUACGAGACUGGUCUACAAAACUUGGAACCAGAUAUCUUUAUACCAUUCUGACCAUAGGCUAUCUCUGUUACAUGUAAUGUAUGUGAAGCAUGUUGGAUAUUGGUAGUGCUUGAUAUAUGUCUUGUAUAGUUGAAAUAUUGAUCAUACAUGUUUGUUUCUUAAUUACAUUGAUACAGCUGUACCAUUAUAAACAAUAAAUUGAAUAGAAAUAA